CGAGCGAUCGAACGAAACGGUCGGGCGUAGCAACGCGGCCAGACGUUCGAUCAUCUCCGUUGAACGUCAUCGUUAUCCUCGGUAACGAGCAUUAAUAUUAAUGACGGGUACGGGGAAACCGGAGCCGUCGUCGGGGGACCGUUGAAGCCGCCAAGGACGGUUAACGCGUCUCCGGUUCCCUUGGCUCCCCGUCGAACGAGUUUCCCUGCGGGGUAAUCGCGACGAUCGUGGGACUCGCUUGAUCGUGGAUCACGGGAACGGGCUGGCGCGAUUAAAGCUCGGGUGGAAAAGUGGGUCGACCGCAGGACAACAAACCGGACAGCCCCCGCAUAUAUCGUCGGUAGGCCACGUGGUGGUGACUAGAGCGAGAUGCCAGUGCGUCGGCGGCGGAUAUCGAUCCCUGCCCUUAGACCGAGUCAGGAGAAUCCUGGGGAACGUGUAAAUGGUGAGAAGGAGGACGACAGGCGGGUAAUCGGAACCGAAAAACACGAAGAGAAGAGGAACAAGAGAGAAGGGGACGCGAAGGAACGGGAACAGAAGAGAAAGGGUGGACACACCGAAGAGGGUGCAGACUGGGCAGUAUCUCACCUUGGAGGAAACCAGCCGGACCUUUGCCAGGGGAGAUAUAAAUAAGAGGAUCCCGGGUGGACGUGGACAGCGAAACGGGCACGAUCGUCGACGGAUCUGGAGCCUGAUCUCGCCGCAGGAGUCGGAGAGGCACGACGGGACAGGCGGCGGCAGCGGCUCGGGGUGACAGAAGACAGUUUGCCAAGUCCAGCGAGCGAAGAGAGGCCAAGUAACGUAACUCCAAUGUAUUACGGUCCCCCUCGCGCGAACGGAGCCGCUGAAAUAUGUCGUUACCACGAGAAUGGAGCCUGCAGGAUUCGGUCGAGCAUGACCCUGUCGCCUGCGCGGCAACGUCGCAGGAGAUGGUCGGGACGGCCGUCAUCGACGAGAAUAUGAAUCAACAGAAUCAGCUGGGCUCCCUGUUGUCGAUCCACUCGGCGCCCGUGUUCGACCUGAGCACGGGCGUGCCGUCGCCGAAGAGGCCGGCCUCGCUGGCGGUGCAGGCGACGGCCACCUCGACGCCGAUCGUGCCGCCCCAUCUGCAGAGCCCGGAGACCAUCGAGGACGAGGACAACGAUAAUCUCCUCACGAUCUCGAGCCUGACCGCCAGGCCGUUGAUAGCCAAGUCCCGCGAGCUCCGAUCGACCAGGUGCUCCGCCACCAAGAAGAAGAAGAGGAGCGAGCCGAAGAAGCCGAGGAACAUCACCUACGUCCCGUUGGACGGCGGCUACGGAUGGGUGAUCGUCUUCGGGGCGUUCUUCGUUCAGUUCUGGGUGGCCGGUCUGGUCAAGUCCUACGGUGUCCUCUACGUAGAGGUCAUGGAGACGUUCAAGGACGCCACGGCCUCCGUCGCCUCCUGGAUACCAGCUAUUUUGUCUUGCCUCUGUUUGGCGCUCGCUCCUGUGACGAGCAUGCUCUGCCAAAAGUACAGCUGUCGGGCAGUCGUCUUCAUCGGGGGACUGUUCUGCGCCCUGGGACUUACUAUAAGUUACUUUGCCACGAGUUUGAUACACCUCUUUUUUACUUUUGGAAUCCUAACAGGUAUCGGUGGCGGUCUGUCGACGACACCUGGCAUCAUCCUUGUCUCACAAUACUUCGAUAAGCACCGCGCCCUGGCGAACGGGAUCUGCGUUUCCGGUACGGCGGCGGGCAGCUUCGUGUUCCCGCUUCUGAUCGAGGUUCUGGUGCAGAACUUCGGUUUCCACGGAACGAUUCUCCUGCUGGGCGGUUGCAUGCUUCACGUUUGCGUGAGCGCGACCCUGUACCGGCCGCUCGAGAACAAUUACGCUCCCGAAGCCGCGGACGUCGUCGUGAGGUCUGAGAAGGUCGACAACGCCACCGCGAAAGAGCUGGAGGCGGCGAAGCAGCAGAAGCUGGAUCUAAUAUUCGCCAACCACGACUCGACUACCAAGCAUAAUCUGUUAAACGAGUUGUUCCAUCAGAACGGCGUGGUCGCGGUCGAGCUGACCGACAGCGAGGAGGAGAAGGACGUGAUCGGCGAAUGUCUCAGGAUGAAGCCGAUCUCGAAGAUACGUAGCUCGAGUAUAUUGCACAGCGUCGAGGAUCUGUCGACCGAUUCCACGUGCGUCUACAAAGCCAGGUCGUCGCUGAGAUCCCUGAGAUCCUCGAUCACCGCCGUCUGCCCGCCCCCUCAAAGCGAGGCCCAAGUACCGGAGGAACUGUCGCGCAGGAAGACCAUCGUGCAGAGGAUAAUGCAGUAUAUCGAUCUCUCUCUGUUGAAGAAUCCCCAGUUCAUCAUGAUGUGCUUCUCGGUUACCCUGAUGUCCACUGGAAGCCCAUACAUGCUGUAUUAUCUUCCGGCGUACGUGCACGCGGCUGGCUACACGAAAUCGGAAGCGGGAUACCUGGUCGCCAUUUCUGCUGCUCUCGACUUGUGCGGCAGACUCGGACUCGGCUGGCUCUCCGACCUGCAGUUGUUCGAUCGACGGAAAGGAUACAUUGGAAGUGUCGUGGGUGCUGGUGUGGCUGUAUUGGCGAUUCCGAUGGCCCACUCUUUCUACGUGCUGGCGUGUUCCGUUGGCAUGUACGGACUUUGCCUGGGUUGUUGGUUUCUCUUAGUUCCCGUCCUUCUCGCUGACCAAUACGGCACCGACAAAAUAUCUUCAACCUACGGUCUCGUUAGGAUGUUCCAAAGUGUCGGAGCUAUUUCUAUUCCGCCUUUAGCAGGUUACCUACGUGAUGUAACUGGAAGUUACAGCGUAUGUUUUCUCUGCAUGGGAACGUGCAUGGUCAUGGGAGGUCUACCAAUGCUCCUGGUUUUUAACGAAGUAUCGAAAUCAUCGAAGAUGACCGUUAACGCUGAGAACGGUGAUACUCAAGCAGAGACGACUGUGAAAGAAUAA